AUCAGCCACACAUAAUUUCUUGCUUUGCUUUCUCUCUGAUCACCGAGUUGAGAGCGAAGUAAAAUGGUUGAUUAGUCGCAACCAUGUCACUGCUCAGAAGCUCAUCCAUUCCAUCCAUAUAUACAUCCUACUACCUCUCCUACUGAUGGAUGGAUUAGUAAAAUCAUCAAUAGGCCGCCCCCGUUAUAAAUAGCCGGCGACACCAACUCCGUGCAGCUCUCUCUUCUAUCUACCCUCUCGCCACCGUCCUUGUCUUCUCCCGGGUUUCUCCUAACCCUAGCUGAUUCGAGGAAACCCUAGCGAGAGAUGCAGCCGACGACGCGGGAAAUGCAAGCCAUGGCUGCGGCGGCGGCGGCGGGCCAGAUCUCCCUGGACGACCUCCGCAACGGCGGCGGGGUCGCCGCCAAUGCCGGCGGCGGCGGCGGCGUCCACGACGACUUCCUCGACCAGAUGCUCAGCAGCCUGCCGCCCUCGGCGUGGCCCGACCUCGCCGCCGGGAAGGCGGCCGAGGACGACGCCGAGGGGAUGCAUCACCACCACCACCAGCAGCAGCAGCAGUUUGGUGGGCCGUACGACGAGUCGGCGAUGCUGGCGUCGCGGCUCCGGCAGCACCAGAUCAGCGGCGGCGGAGGAGGAGGCGGCGGUGGCGCGGCCGCCGUGAAGCAGAUGGUGCUGCAGCAGCUCGCCGAUCUGAGGCAGGGGCACCACAUGAUGCUCCAGGGCUUGGGGGGACGGUCGCCGGCGGGGGGCGGCGGCGGCGGCGGCGACGGGGGCCUUCUCCUCCCGCUCACCCUCGGCAGCGGCGGAUCGGGCGGCGACGUGCAGGCGUUGCUCAAGGCCGCCGCGGCCAAUUCCGCCGGAGGAGGAGACGCCGGCGGCGUCUACGGCGGCGGAUUCGCCGGCUCGCUCCAUCAACAGCAGCAACAUUUCCAGCCACAUCCACAGACGGCGCCGACGAUUCCGACGCAGAGCUUCGGCGGCGGCGGCGGCGGAGGAGGAGGAGGAACCGCGUCAGGCGGCGGGGCGGCGCAGCCUCAGGCCGGCGCGGCUGGAGGAGGCGCGCCGGCGCCGCCGCGGCAGCGGGUGCGGGCACGGCGAGGCCAGGCCACCGACCCCCACAGCAUCGCCGAGCGGCUUCGGAGGGAGAGGAUCGCCGAGAGGAUGAAGGCACUGCAAGAACUGGUUCCCAACGCCAACAAGUUGAUGCAGACGGACAAGGCUUCCAUGCUGGACGAGAUCAUCGACUACGUCAAGUUCCUACAACUCCAAGUCAAGGUUUUGAGCAUGAGCCGGUUAGGUGGCGCCGCAGCCGUCGCGCCGCUCGUGGCCGACAUGUCCUCGGAGGGGCGAGGCGGCGGCGCGGCGAACGGCGGAGCACCGGCGGCGGCGGGGAGCGAUAGCCUGACGGUGACGGAGCAGCAGGUGGCCAAGCUGAUGGAGGAGGACAUGGGCACCGCCAUGCAGUACCUGCAGGGGAAGGGCCUCUGCCUCAUGCCGAUCUCCCUCGCGUCCGCCAUCUCCUCGGCGACGUGCCAUCUCCGGCCGCCGGUGGUCGCCGCCGCGCAGCAGUUCCCGGCCGGGCUCGGCGCCGCCGCUGCCGCCGCGCACCACCACCAACUGAGCGCGGCGGCGGCGGCGGCGGCCAUGCGCGGACACCUGCCCGGCCUGAACGCCGACGGCUCCGUGCCGGCCUCGCCGAGCAUGUCGGUGCUCACGGCGCAGUCGGCCAUGGCCAACGGCGGCGGGGGCGCCGCCGACGGCGAGGGGUCGCAGCUCAAGGACGCCGCCUCCGUCUCCAAGCCGUGAACCGGUGGCCGCCGCCGUCUCUAACUAACGGCGAAACCCUCGACGGCGUCGGAGUCAACGGAGUCAGCGGAUGGUCUCGCUGCUACUUCGCUCGCUUCCACGGCCCACAUCUGCAGGGAAACGGGUGGGCUCCCACGGGUGGGCCCACGCACUCUCCUGAGGGCCCACGGGCCUAUGGCCCACCCGCGGCUGCAGCGAGCGACGGGGGCUCCUCCUUUUGUUUUUCUUUUUCUUUUCUAUUUCUUCUUAGUGUUACCAUUAUUUCCUAUCUUUCUUUCUGUUAAAUAUUUAUUUAGCUUGUUGUUUAAUUUAAGUACAUAGUAAUCCAGGUCUGGUUCUUCUGGCUUUGUACCAGCUUUAGCCUUUCUUUCCUCUCCAUCUGCAUCAACUUUUCCUCUCUCCUUUCCCUUU